AUGGGCCGCAUAGAAGAACUCCCAGAUGAUUUCGAUGAAUCUCUAGACCUCAACAAGGCGCCCGUCUUCACCCCGCCUGCUGCUAAAGAACCGUCCUUCCUACCAUCAGGCGAAACCCCCUUUGGAAUAAAAAGGGAUGCCUUGCCUAGAGAGAACGCUGCCGCUCCGGCCAUGCCACCGGCCAUGGAGUCAGUCAAGUCUCACACCGCGGACGAGAUAAUAGAGCUCAUGAACCAGACCCCUCUAUUCAUGACAGACGUUGAAAAGGCGCUUCAAGCCGAAGGCGAGAAUGCGCAGUUGGACGCCAUCCGCGCCCUCCAGAACGAAGGCACACGAGCAGACAACGCACAACGGUUCCGCGAAAAUGGAAACGACUUUGCAAAAAUGAAGCGGUGGAAGGACGCAAAGGAGUGCUACACAAAGGGCCUCUCGACACUUACCAUGGAAGACAGCUGGGAGGAGCCCGCAGACCCCCGGGUAGAGGCACGAAGGCUGCGGGAGAUCGAAGAGGCUUGCUAUAUAAACAGAGCCCUAUGCAACCUGGAACUGAACUGCGCGUCAACGUUAAAGCUGAAUCCGAAGAAUGUCAAAGCAUUUUACCGCUCGGCUGCCGCCCUGCUUGCGCUCGACAAGGUGGCCGAGGCGGACGAUGCGUGCGCAAGGGGUCUGCAUCUCGAUAAGUUGAACCAGCCUCUCCAAGCUUUAUCGAGGAAGAUUGUAACCCGGAAGGCUGAACUCGAGAAAAUCGCUGCUCGGAAGCGAGAGGAACGAGAGCGAGCAGAGAAGAUCCGCGUUACUCUCAGCACUGCCCUGGCAGCACGCGAGAUUUCCGUGAGGGAAACUGCCCAACCGCCAGACAUGGAAGACGCAGCGAUGAAACUAUCCCCUGACCCUUUGUCUGCAGAGAGUACGCUUGUCUUCCCCUGUGUUUUACUCUAUCCGAUGCACGCACAGUCGGAUUUCAUCAAAGAGUUUGCCGAAACAGACACCAUCGCACAACAUCUAGAGUAUAUUUUCCCGCUGCCUUGGGACCAAAGGGGCGAAUAUACCAUCGGCUCUGUUGACUGCUACAUGGAGACCGUUACAGGCGGGAUGAUUAAACCUGGAAAGAAGGUCUCGCUGCUCGAAGUUCUGGGUGGUGGGAAAGUUGAAGUCGUCGAUGGCCUGGUGCGAGUCAAUGUCGUGCCAACGAAGAUGGCGGGAAAAGAGACAGAAGCCCUGUCGAAUGGCCGUGGUAUUCAUCUCAGCUCGAAGGGCCUGUACAACUGUAUAUAG